AUGCAUGCACUUGUCAAAGAAGUAAUUGCUGCUGCACCACCAAUGCCACCACAGUUUGAGCCAUUUUUCGAACCGAUCAUUAAUCUUCUUUGCUCAAAAAUGAUGAUGCAACUGAUUCGUGUUGUUCUGUGCCGCGUAGCAAAACGGAGUCGCUACGCAAGUGAUGGCCUAUUGCAUCGCGUACUGUAUUUGGUUGGCAUGGGUCUGAACGAACAAAUUCGGCAGCAGUCGUUUGACUUCAUUGGCUGUGCAGAAAAAGCGCUUAUAUUUGACAUGAUGAGAAGCCUUGUUGGUAAAACGGAGGUCGAACCGCAUGCCGAUUUGCUCGGUUAUCUCAUUGAGGUGGUUCCAGUUAUCUUUUUCUAUUUCAGAGAGAUUCUGAAAUGGCCUCUUGAAGGAAUUGCUUUAUCGAUUAAUAACUUCGUCAUAGUUGCUCGGCUAUAA